GGAAGGCCGGAGGAGGAAGGGAGGGAGGCGGAGGGAGCGGAGGAGAAGGCAGCGGCAGCUUCCGUGGCAAUGAGCAGGGCAUCCUGCUGCCCGCCUUCCAGGACCCGCAGGAGACGUUCGCCUUCACCAUGUGCAACCCGCCCUUCUUCGAGAGCAUGCAGGAGGCCGCUCAGAACCCCAACACCGCCUUCGGAGGCACCGCCGCUGAGAUGGUGUGUGCGGGCGGCGAGGUGGCGUUUGUGAUGCGCAUGCUGGCGGACAGCGAGCUGCUGAGGGGGCGGGUGCACUGGUUCAGUACCAUGGUGGGCAAGAAGAGCACCCUCAAGGCUCUGCGCAAGGAGUUACACUCGAGGCACGUGACGGCGCUGCGGACAACGGAGCUUGCACAGGGCAAGACCUCCCGCUGGGCGGUCGCCUGGUCCUGGCAGGUGCAUCCCAACAAGGCCUCACAGCCGCUGCGGCGCACACUGACUCAGGAGGAGGACAACAGCACCCCCACCUGCACCACUGCUACCGCUGCUGCUGCUGCUGCUGCUGCUGUGUUGCCGAGCGGCCAGCGGGGCCGGCCGACGCAGCAGGACGCAACAACCGCUGCCGCCACCACCGCCGCUAGCACCGCCGCUGCAUGCGCCAGUGCUGAUCGCGACCAGCAGCAGCAGGUGGACCCAGGGUCGGGCCACGUGCAUGCGGAGGUGGACGUAUCGGUGGGGGCUAGCAGCAGCGGGCAGCAGGCUGAGAGGGCGGCGCAGCAGGCGGCGGCGAGAGCGGGAGCGGGGUCGCUGGCCGCUGCUCCUGCUGCUGCUGCUAGCGUGCCAGUGCUACCUCGGCGGCACAUCAGCUUCGCGGUGCAGCUGGCGGCGGCGGGCUCCCAGCAGGGUAGCGGAGGUGGUGGCGCCCCGGGCCUGCUGCGGCGGCUGGCGGGGGCGCUGCAGGAGCGGUGCGGGUGCAGCGGGGUGCGGCUGGAUGCGGCGGCGUGGACUGUCAGCUGGCCGCUGCAGGUGGGGCCCUUCAGCAGCAGCACGAGUGGGACACGCGAAGGGGAGCUGGAGGGAGCUGGGGGCCCCAGGGGGGGUGCUGGUGGGGAGAAGGCAGCCGGCGGCAGCGGCGGUGGCGGCAGCUUGGCGAGUAACAUCACGGCCCGACUGCGAAUUGCCCAGCAGCAGCGGGGCCGCGUGGAGGUGGUGGCGACCAUCCCCAACGGGGCGCCCGAUGCUGCUGCGCGUGCCUUUACAUCCCUGAUGGCCUCCCUGGAAGCCUUUGUGACACGUCCCAUAUCAUGAUAAGGAUUCGAUAGCGCCUGAUGUUUUAUCCAGCGCCUCCGGGAAACAUGCGUUGGCAAAAUGGCGACGCCUGGAAAUAGGGCGACCGCACUGAGGGUGGCUAAAAGUUUCGCGCAGUCCUGAUAUGCUGUUGGUGCCAAGCUGUGUUAUUGCUGCCAUAGGGCGUUCUGGGUCGCUGCGAUGGACCCUUUCUAUUGAUAGGGUUUGUUAAUUUGCGCAAGGGAUCUUGUCUGCAUUGCCCACGGCGAGUGCUAUACUUUGUAACAGAAGCAUAGAUG